CAGGCAUCAAGACUCUCGGAACUGGAGAACGCGACUACUAUCUCACCGUGCUAUGGCUCCCCCGCCUCAGGUUACACAAUGGUUGCAGCGUGCUUAUCCCCGUCCGAGGGUGGACCAAGAAUGGCUCAACGACUGCUAUAACUGGGUCAGAGAGGAAUACAACUACGAGCCAGCGACGCACAUGGACCAAAUCAUACACAAUGUGGACAUACAGCUGCUGGAAUCCGACCUCAGGGAUUCCAUGGUGCCCGGAACAGGGCUGCCCCAAAUCUCGCCUGACACCAAGGAGACGACCAUACGCGGACCUGUUCUCGUGCAAGUCCUUAGCAUAAUGGAGAUCGGGCAGAGCGCGUUUUCGUUGAUGAGCGUCCGGCAAGCGAAGCUCGAGCGUGCGGAUAUGGCGGGUCUCGCGGGGGAAGAGGAUGACGAGGACGAAGGGCCUAUCCCAUCUUACCCGCGUUCAAUGCUUCGCUUCGAGCUCACAGACGGCUCGGUCACCCUACCUGCUGUGGAACACCGUCGCUUGCCAGAUUUCAAGCUCGGAGAGAGCAGGCUCGGCCUUAAGAUGAUACUCAAAAACGUUCCCGUCCGGAGAGGCAUCGCCUUCCUCGAGCCCAAGUGUGUGGUCAUGAAGGGCCACCACGUCGCCGACCUCGAAGCGUUUCAAGACCGGAACUUCGCUCGUGCUCUCCGAGAGCGAAUGCGGUACGUCUACAACGCAUCUUUUCACGCGAUAGCUGAGCAAACUCACGACACGCAUACAGCUUGCCUCACGAGCCAGCCCCCGACGAGCCAGAGCCACAAGCCCAAGUCGCGGCGGCAGUCCCGCAGGCACCCGCACACGCCCCUCCACGUACGCCAGAACGCCAGGCAGCACCAGGCAUACGCGUAA